AUGGCUUUCUCCUAUCUGCUUGGUCUCUUUGUACUAUUUUUCUUCAUCACUCCUGCCUGUUCGUUUGCUUUCGGCAUGGGUGGCGGUGGCGGAUGCUGCUGCGGUGGCAGAAAAAAGAGAUCUAUUGAAGAGCAAGAAGAGCAACGAUUUCAUGCGAAUGACGGUGAUCGAUUGUGUAACAGUCCAGAACUGAAGCGACUCCUUCGAAAGCAUAUGGCUGACAAUCCAGAAUCGUCAAAGAUGAAUUUGGAAAUGUACUUCUCAUUUCUGUUCCACUUCUUUGUUGUGAUGUUCCUCAUCGCUCCAAUAUUCUCGUGUGGAUUCGGUCUGGGUGGAGGUGGAGGUGGAUGUUGCUGUGGUGGUGGUGGUGGUAGAAAAAAGAGAUCCGUCGAUGAUCAACUAGAGCAACGAUUUCAUGCUGAUGACGGCGAUAAACUAUGCAGUAGUCCAGAAAUGAAGCAAAUUCUUCGAAAGCAUAUGACUAAGGAUCCAGUGACGUCGAAGACAAAUUUGGUGAAUGCGCUGUAUCAGGAAGGAGAUCAUUUUUUCGUACUGGCAAGGAUACCGAUGAUGAAGCGAGACGAGACCGUAAAAGUUGCUAACAAAGGAAAAAAAAAAGGAGCACAUAACUCCGAAGCGGUGCGCCGCGAGUGCACGGACGAUAAGAAUGACAAAUAA